UUGUUUGGUGAAGUAAUAACUCCAUUAUUUUACUUUUUUACUCUAGGUGCUCGACAGGAGAGCUACUGCAGUCUUCCUAUAAUAGACUCACAGGCUUGGCCUUUAUCGGAUGUGCCCAUCGGGUCAGAAACUUGUGAAGAAUUCGGGGUUGCUGGCAGUGAGGAAAAAAAUCAAAAUCGAGGUGUACACAAUGGAGGUGAACAGUUGGCUCCCAAAAUAGGGAUAAAUUUAGUUAUAGAUCCAGAUCAUCCGACCACUAUUAUGUCUCAAGAAGCUCAGCUGAAGUCUUUUUCCUCGGUUGGACCUCUACAAUCAAACUUUGCUGUAUCUCAGCAACCUUAUGAAAUUGAACGUCAAGUUUCUAACAGGCCGGUAGUCACAAUUGCCGAUCACUCAAUUAAACUAGUAAGUUAG